GACAACCUCAGUGCCAAUCGAUUGAUAUGACUACUGCAAACGGAGAAGCUCUUGAGGAGGGUGAGGUGAGCGAUAGGUUUUCUAAACUGGCUUCUGUCGAUUUGAGCAACGAUGCGGAUGACCAGGAGACAACAGAUGAUGCAAAGAAACGCAAAAAACACCGGAGCCACAAAAAGCACAAAAAGAAAGAGAAAAAAUCACGCAAAGAGAAGAAAACUAAAAAAGAGAAAAAACAUAGGAAGCACAAAAAACACAAGGACAAGCAUAGAUUAAAAACUGAACAUGUGGAUUUGGAGUCGCCUCCUACAAAGAAAUUGAAAACGUCCGAUGUAUUAGACACUGCACCGAUCGCAAUUAAAUUGGAAGAAUCUAAGCAGCCCUUGCAACCUAAAUACGUUGAUCCUUCGCCCCCGGGUGCUGUAAAAAAUGACGCACAUUCUCCCACCACCUUAUCCGCUGCUACUGCUGUUACAACUUCUCCUGCAGUUCAGAAAGCAAACAACCAACACCAAAAUAACGAGAAAAAAGGGCCAAUCUCUUUGGAGGAGUUAAUCGCCAAAAGGAAAUUAGCAGAGGCGGAGCAAGUCAAACCGAAAUUCAUUUCUAAGGAACAACGUGUUGCAGAGGCGUUGAAGCGCAGAGAGGAGCAGGUGCAAGCACAGCGUGAGAAACAACAAGAAGAGUUGAAAAAGCAGGCUGAAUAUUUACAGAAGGCCAAAGAACAGGAAAGAUCUAGGCGUUCCGCUCAGUUUGCGCAGAGAGAACAUCGAAGAGUGAGAGGAAGAGAUUAUUUGCCAGACAGAGAGUCUUCUUCCAAUCCCUCAAGAACAUCUGAGACUACUGAGGCCCAAGAGUUGGAAGCCAUCAAAGAGCGAUACCUUGGGCAGAAACGAUUGACCAAGCGACGACAACGUCGUCUAAAUGAGCGCAAAUUUGUUUUUGAUUGGGAUGCUAACGAGGAUACGAGUCAAGAUUACAACCCCUUGUACAAAGAAAAACACCAAAUACAGUUUUUUGGCCGCGGACAUAUCGGUGGCAUAGACAUAAAGCAACAGAAAAAAGAAACUGGGCGUUUCUACUCCAGGCUGAUGGAGGAGCGGAGAUCCGAACCACAAAGAGCCCAAGAAGUAAAGCGCCUGGACACCGUGGCUAAGCGUGAGGCCAAGCAGAAGUGGGAUGACAGGCACUGGUCUGAGAAGGCGCUCGAACAGAUGACUGAACGCGAUUGGCGAAUAUUUCGGGAGGAUUACGGUAUAGCUACGAAGGGUGGAAAUAUUCCUAAUCCAAUUCGAUCAUGGAACGAGAUGAACACAAGCAGUGAACUACGUGACGUGAUCUUUAAAAUCGGUUACGGUGAACCGACUCCCAUUCAGAGACAAGCUAUUCCUAUCGGGCUUCAAAAUCGUGAUAUUAUUGGUGUAGCGGAGACUGGUUCUGGUAAAACGGCGGCCUUCCUGAUUCCACUCUUGAAUUGGAUUCAAAGCUUACCUAAACUGGAGCGCAUGGAGGUCCGUUGUGUUUUGCUACCUCCACUCGCUUUAUACAGGACACGGAACAGGGUCCUUAUGCAAUAAUCAUGGCGCCGACGCGCGAACUUGCGCAGCAGAUCGAGGAAGAGACGGUUAAGUUUGGCCGACCUUUGGGUAUCAAAACGGUCUCAUUAAUCGGAGGACUGUCGAGAGAGGACCAAGCGUUGAAACUCCGAAUGGG